AAAAAAGAUAAUGUUUUUGGUAUUUUUGUUUUCGUUUUAAAUUUUUUAAGGAAAGGGAGAUUAAGAAAAAGAAGAAAAAGGGGGAAGAAAAAUGCUGCAACUAUGGGUAAUUUAUCCCGACUUUACCCUACUUUUUAAACCUUGGCAUGAGAUAGGCUGGUCUCCCAAUAUUUCCUUAACCGAAGAGAGGAAAACCCUAAUUUUGUCUCUCCCAAGAGACGAAAGGAAGGGAAAAAUGGUGUUUUACUUCAAAGCGGGCAGAAGCUGGCAAUUACAUCAUUUUUAUGGGUCUUGACAAGUACGAGAACGCGGAGCUCAUCAAAUAUGGCUUCAUCGAAGAUAUCUGGUACAAGAAGCUCCUAAGCUCAGUGGAUCUUACAAAGGACUUCUUCUUCAGCUAUUCAUACAAUGUUAUGUGUAGUCUUCAAAAGAACUUGUAUAAUAAUGAACCAGGUGAGGUUCUUUAUGAGACCAUGUUUGUUUGCAAUGAGUUCCUGACCCGAGGAAUCAGCAAUCACCUCAAGAAUACUCUAUGGACAGUUACCUUGGUGUAUGGCUUCUUUAAGCAGGCAUCCUUUUCUGUAUCUGGAAGGAGAUUCAAACUUUUUCUCAUUUCAAGACGAUCCCGUCACUAUGAACCUGCGAAGAGGGAUGAUGAAGAUGAUUCUGUUGCCAAGAUGAAGGCAGCUGAGGAAGCCUUGGAAGCAAAACAAAAAGAAUGCAUCUGAUUUAGGAUCGGACGGCGUGCGGGAGCUCGUACUGUUUUGCACUGAGAUAACUACAAUUUAAUCCUUUGGAUUUGUAAUCUGUUUUGAACUUGUCUUAUUUUUCUUUUUAUAAUCUCGUCAGUAU